UUGCCCCCCUCCCCCCAAGAAGUUGCUAAACUGACGUACCACCGCCUUUCCUUCCAAUGAGCACCACCACCACCUCCUCCGUCAGCGGUGCCGGCUUUUCCAUCGACGAGGAGGAGUCCACGGAGGAACGAAUCAGGAGGCUGAUAUCGGAACACCCUGUCAUAAUCUUCAGCCAGUCCUCUUGUUGCAUGUGUCACGUCAUGAAGAAGCUCCUGGUUACCAUCGGGGUUCACCCUACUGUCAUCGAACUCGAUGACCAUGAGAUAGCUUCCCUCCCUCCUCCUCAGCCGGAGACCGCGGCUCACGGUAGUAUCUCGUCUCGGAAUCCGACCCCCGCCGUGUUCAUCGGUGGAACCUGCGUCGGCGGCCUUGAAUCCCUCGUGGCUCUUCACCUCAGUGGCCACCUCGUCCCGAAGCUCGUCGAAGUUGGCGCUCUAUGGGGAUGAU